GCCGGCCAAGGGCGGGACCAUCUUCGACUAGCGUACGAGGUGACCCUUCGCCGGUCACUCUUACCCAGGGUCGCUCGUGCGUUUAGUCGACAUCUGCCCGGCCGAUGGCCAGCAGAGCUGCCGCCCGCGACGCCCCUGGGCCUCUGAAAGCAGGCUCGGGCGUGUGGGCGUUCUACCACGCGCCCAGCCAUCGACAAGGCUUCCGCUACGUGAGGCUGCUGGAGAGCGAGGAGGGCGGACGCCCGGCCGAGGCCGCUCCCGGCGCGGGCACGGUGGGCCUCUCCACGGGCUGGGUCGAGGCGACCGUGGCCGAGGACUGGCGGCCUGCCGAGGGGGGCGGGAAGAGCGCCCAGGUGGUGGUCCACCUGCGCGGCUUCUUCGCCGACCCCUACCGGCCGGACCCCGAGCCGGUGGACUGCAUGUACUGGAAGCUCGGGCGCGGGCUCGUGCGGCCCCUGGACGAGUCACGGCCGCCCGUGGAGCUGUCGUUGUUCGUGGCGAGGUGGUGGCAGUACGACAACCCCGAGGCGCGUGCCCGCUCCCACAACAUCCUGCACAAGGGCCUCAUGGAGGACGUCCUCGAGGGCAAGGGGUCUCCGCACGAGGCCUUCGGGACCGCUGGCCAGUACGAGGUCUACACCGCCUUCGUGCGAGGCGGCGAGGACCUGGACGCCCUCGGCGAGGGCCUCGCCGCGCAGCUGCACAGCCGGCGCCGGGCGGCGCUCUACUUCCUGUGGCCCUCGCAGCGGCUCGGCCGCGAGCGCUUCGCGGCGGGCUACGUGGCCGAGCGGUCGCUCACGGGCCUGAUGCGGCGCAUGGAGGCCGGCGGCGUCAGGCCUGGACCCCCUGGCGAGGCCGAACACUUGCGGGAGCCCUCGGCCGUGGAUGUCUUCUGCCUCUGCCGGGCUCCACGGCGCGAGGCCCUGCCGGCAGUCUGCUGGGCGCUCGGGGUGCCGCUGGCGCGGGCGCUGGGCGCGCUGCUGGGCCGCGGCUGCGGCCUCGACGAUGGGCGCCAGAGGGUGGACCUGUUCUUGCAGCUGCUGCGGGAGAGCAGCGACCUCGCGGACGCCGACGUCGUCUGCGUCCAGGAGUGCUACGGGGCGCUGCUCUGCCCCGGCGGGUAUCCGCGGCGGCUGGCGGAGGGCGCCGCCGCGCUCGGCUACGUGCACGCGGUGGUGCCCUCGAGGUGCCCGUUCUUCCCCGCGUGGCUGGCCCUGAACAGCGGCCUCCUCAUCCUGUCCAGGCGCAGAAUCGUGUCGUUUGCCGAGCUGGCGUUUGGCAUCCACACCGAGGCGGGCAACGUCAACCGUGGCGCCAUGCACGCAGAGCUGGAAGGCCCCGGGGACUACAGACAGGAUACCGACGCGCUGAAUUUCUACGUGACCUACAUCAGCAGCUCACACAACACGCGCAUACUCUCCGAGUUCUCCAACACGACCAGCUUCCCGACCGACAUGCAGCAUACGUCGCAUAUCUGGUCCAGCAAGCAGCGAUCCCUCACUACCCACGUCACGGAGGACAUCCAGUUUGGCUCAAAGACGCUCAGCGUACACGACAAGAACUCCUUCGAGAACGUGCACAACUACGUGACAAAGUUCAGCAGACAUCGUGCAGGCACUAAGGCAGGCCCGAAGAAACGUAACUAUUUGGCAUUCCCGAGUGUACGACCCGCAUCUGACCACUACUGCGCCGCCCUCGGCAAGCCCGCCACCGACGGCGGCCUCGCGGCGACACCUACACACCUCAGCAUCUACGUCUCAAGCGACGCCGCCGCCCAGGAGCUCCACCAGCGCCCCGAGAACGACAUCCACAUCGUCGGCGAGUACCGCGUGGACCCCGCACUAGACUCUCUCCUCUCUGCGGCACAGGACCUCGACGCUAUGGCCAAACGCCUCAUGACGCUCGCGCGCAUCGCGACCUUCAAGCUACGCAGUGCACACAUCCCACACCUCGCGAAGAGCUACGACAUGCGCAACGCCUUCGGCACAGGCGACACUGACCGAUUAUUGGCAGCACAUCGAGUACGCACCGACGAUCCCCACUUCGAGGACAUGCUCACGCAACAUCGACUCCGCGCCACCAUGCGCAUCGAUGCCAGUGACGACAUCAUCGGACUCCACCCUGGCAGUGGAGGCCGCAUGGGCGACAGCAACGAGCCCGAGCUCUUCAUGGAAUCCUUCUAUCCACUCAUCAUUGACUGGGGCGCAGGGCUCAAUGCCGUCAUUGGAGACGGCCUCAUCUGCACCAACCCCAUCACAGGCACCGCCCAUCGCAUCGACAUGGGCGCCUUCAUCGACGACAUCGCACGUGCGAUCGUCGUCCCCGACGGCGCACUCCGACAGGCCCUAGCAAUAGACUGCAUCGACGUCUCUAGUACGAAUGCCAAGCUCCGACAUGGUGGAUAUGCGCAGAAUGCGCACAAGCAGGAGACAUUAGUACGACUCGCGACCAGCAACGCCACCAAGCAGGCCGAACGACAGCUAAGCGGCACAUGCAUGACCAAUCUUAUCCACCCCGGCUCCUAUAUCCAUGUCGACGGCUACAACACCCGUGAGGACCUCCUCGGUGCCCAGGCGGCCCCCAUGGGCGACGACCUCCGUGGCCUCUGGGACAUUGACGACGACAUUCGGAAGAUUUUCAGGGACCCCGAGAUCCAGGAGGCAUUCCAGCAGAUCGAUUUCAGCUACUGA